AUGUCUUUCCGACCCAGCACGAGGCAGCCGAGGUCAACUAUCCCACGAAAAAAGUGUUACAGUUACACAUUUGUAGUCGACUCCGCAACACAAAUUUCUCUGCGUGAGUGAGAAAACUUGUAAUUACACAAAUAGAACACACUUCAAUUCCAAAAUAAAUCUCCUUUCUUCCUUUUUUCCUUGUUUCCUUUUUCUUUCCAUUCGCACGCAAUAAUUAUCGCUACGGGCCUUGAGCGCUAGCCUAAACCGGCCGCAAUUCACUUUUUGUAAUGCAGAAAUCCUACGGGAAAACACCGAUGAAACGAGGCUUGUAUGCAUAUCCGGCAUGACAGAGCUUGUCUGUCUUGCUUGGCCUACAACACAAUGUGUAACUGUAACACUUUUUUCUUGCGAUAUCAACGGAAGAGCUGCUCGGGAAGCCGGACUACGUCGUGGAAGAUGAUGCGGGUCAUCUGCCGGGUACUGGUUAUAAUCCACUGGACCCACGAGCGACGACGAUGAUCGUACGUGAUAGUACAACAGCAGCAGGAGACCACAACCACGGUGGUGAUGAGGAGGGCACCAGCCGAGGAGAAGGAGAACUACUACCUGUGUCGCAGGAAAUAAAACUACUCGGCGGGGCAGCACGAGGCGAGAAAGCCGCGUCUUCUAGCCCGAUCUUCGACAGCGCUGUGGAGGUUUUGCCGCAGGAUGGAGAAGAGGGUGUUUCGGUUUCCACCGGGCGAGAACAGCGAGGGGAAAAAAGCAACAGCGACGAAGCAUUAGACCAAACAGGCCGCGCGAACGCGAAGUCUUCAAAAGCCACUAACUCGCCCAGUGCAGAUGUUGAAGGAGUAGAGCAAGUGGCGUCCUCUAGCAAGCAGACACUAAGCAAAGAAAGUGCUAACAGUCAAGACAGCGCGACCGCAACGACGCCAGUGGACCCGCGCGAGCUGAAGCUGGAAAUCAACCGGUUGAAAUUCAAACUGAAAGACUCGGUUCGGGUUCGCGACCAAUGGAAGAAACAACACACUACCACGCAGCUGAAAAUGCGGCAAAUGGAGUCCGAGUUGACGGAGCUAAAGCGCGCGACGUUGACCUCCACCGCGGACCUCCUCCGCGGGACGAGUAAUAUGGCGGUGGACGAUGGCGCACUACCAGGAAACGGUUCUGCGUCCAGUUCCUCCCAACCUAGCCGGCAGCGCGCGCAAACCGCAGGCGUGGAAAGCACUUCGGGGCUGUUGAUGUCUUCUGGGGGUGGAGGUGGCAUGGACAACACGAACGACAGCCAGAACAAUUCGGUCUUGUCGGAACAGAUCGAGCAGUGGAAAAAGGAAAAGGAGGAACUCGAGAAGGAAAAUCUGAAAAAGGAGCAGGCCUUAAAGCAAGCCAUGGAAAAGCUGCAAUUGGUUCAGCAGGAAAAGGAAAAUCUCGAAAAAACGAUGAACGACGUAACGAACGGUGGGAACAACACAACAACUGUGCCAACUAUGCAAGGAAAAAACUACGUGAGUGUAAGUCUGUGAUGCAGAAAAUGCAAAACUGUAUACACUUGUCAUGCCAGACAACCAUGAAGUUCCCUUUUCGUUAUGUGUGUUUUGUUCCCUUACAAGCCACGCAUGGCAGGUUUUCUCAGUGAUGUAGAGCAAAUUUGUAAUGCUGGCAGCGAAAAGAAAGCUGCUGCUACACUAACACAGGUUUUUUCUUGGAUACCAACAUCGUCAACGUCCUUGACUUCUCCCACGGACCUGCGUAACCAGCUGAUCGCGCAGACCUUCUCGCAGUCACAGGCAAGUCAGGGAACAAUAAAUCUAAGCGGUGCCGCAGCACCUGCUGGCCAAGAACAGGAGGGAACGACAGACGCGCAAACUGCUGCUGGCCUCGGGAAAGGUGGAAUAUCAGCCGCCGGUGCAGGAGCACCGCCGCAAACUAAAGGCGCACCAGCUCCUGCACCACCGUCUACUACGAAGGGACCGUCGCUCGGGAAAGGCGG